AGCAUUUUGUUUCCAAAAAUUGUUCAAACAUGUGGAAUAUAACUUAGGUUGUAACCAUUUUCCAUAAAUAAGACACUUUUCUGAAAUAACAAGGGAAAUUUUUCAAGGUUUCUUAAAUUCAAGGAAUAUGUGAAAGAAUUGGACAUGGUGUGAUAAAUGUAGGAUGGAGAAAGAACAAACAAUGGCUGUGGAUGCAAUGAUGAGGGAGAUCAUGAACAUUGGAUGGACCUCCAGUCAGGUCAUCAGGCAUCUCUCUCAGAGUGGCAUCAUCACACUGGAGGAGCGUAAGGAGUUGUUGCUUUUGGACAAAAGACCUCUGUGUACAAAGAAAAUUUUGACAAUACUGAAGAAAAAGACUGGUGGUUUCAUAGCUUUAAAGAGAGCACUAAUGAUUGAGAAAGUUCACAACCGACACCUCGUAGAGAAACUUGAGGCAAGAUACCAGAAGUUUCUUCAGAAUCCAGUAUCUGCAAGUCAGAAACCCAAAGUGAAAGAAAAACUUUCACCAACAGAAGUCACACACAUCUUCCAUAAAUUAAGCAUACUUGUUUGGGGCAAAAAUUCAAAGGAAAUCAAUGACACAAACUUUGAAGAAUUUGAUAAAGUUUUGGAUGAACUCGAGAGUAACAGAGACUUGUUGUAUAAUGACGACAGGAGAGAUGAGUUCAGAUCAUUGUUCACGCUCAUCAUGCAAGUCAAAGAGGAAAAUCGGCUUUACGCUGAAAAUGAAAAGGUGAUGAAGGAUGAAGCGAAGAAACUUAAGAGAAAAGUGCGAGAUGUUGAAGCCAAGAACUACGAGUUAGAGAUGGAGAUAACCGACCUAAACCUGAGUCGUGAGGAUGAGGUCAACCGUCGUAUCGAAGAAGUCCGGAGAAGACUCCUCAAAAGUGGCUUAGAUGAUCCUGAUGAAGAAUUCUUCAAAGGCAGCAAGGAAGAAGAAGAUGCAGAAGUCCUAGAGGACAAGAAAAGUGAUGAAGAAGAUAAUAACUUUGAUGAGAAUUUUACCCCUGAUAUUUCAGAGAACAGUCAUUUACCGGCAAACAGACGUCUGUCUAAUGAAUCCACUGCCUCGAGCAUCUUCAUCAAUAACCGUCACCCCAUGUCUUCCCAAAAUGUUAUUCUGAUUCAGAAACCUAGAAAUGUCAACAUCUUCUCUUAGAAAACUUUAAAAUACUAACUUUUUCCACUGUAAACAACUUCUUAAAAAUUGAAAUAGUUAGAAAAUUGCAAUCAGAAAUAUCAGUCACAUGAUUUUUUUUAAAAACCUUUAUGCUAGUGUUCAUAUAGGACAUCAAACUGUUCAUUUGUAUAUAUAGCUAUAUAUUGUGUAUAUGUGUUGGACACCUUUUCAUUCUCUGUUAUAAAAUAAAGACAAACUACUCAUCUUAGUUAAGGCUUAAUUCCCAAGGGCAAUCUCAGUGCUGUAUAUAGAUGUACCUCAG